CUUCACCCAAAGUAGGGGGCAACAUAAACCCUAAUUUAAACCCUCAGUUCCGAGUUAACUUCUCAAAAAUGUCUUCUUUAUACAAAGCCUCAAAAACCAUACGAUCACGUGGAAUCCCUUUCAAUCUUUUCUCAAGUUAUUAUAUACCCAGAAAAUUUGAUUCAACCCCAUAUUUGAAUUCAUACUUGUGUUGGACUCAAUGUGCUUUCUUCGGGUCGCAUUUUAGGGAAGACCCUAGCAUAGAUUUGAGUCAAUACCCUCCCGACAAAAUUCGCAAUUUUUCGAUUAUUGCCCAUGUUGACCACGGCAAGUCAACCCUCGCCGACCGUCUUUUGGAGCUCACUGGGACUAUUAGGAAAGGCCACGGGCAACCUCAGUACUUGGAUAAAUUGCAGGUUGAAAGAGAGCGGGGAAUAACUGUUAAGGCUCAGACAGCCACUAUGUUUCAUCAGCACAAUUUCCUUGGUACUGACACAAAAUUCUUGCUGAACCUGAUUGACACACCUGGACAUGUGGAUUUUAACUAUGAAGUGUCAAGAUCUCUGGCAGCUUGCCAGGGUGUCCUUCUUGUUGUUGACGCAGCUCAAGGUGUCCAGGCACAAACAGUUGCAAACUUCUAUCUUGCUUUUGAAGCAAACCUCACUAUAAUUCCUGUCAUUAACAAAAUUGAUCAGCCAACAGCUGACCCAGAUCGUGUGAAAGAACAGCUGAAAUCUAUUUUUGAUCUUGAUCCAAAGGAAGCUCUGUUAACAUCAGCGAAGACAGGUCAAGGUCUCGAGCAGGUCCUUCCUGCUGUGAUAGAGCGAAUACCACCUCCUCCUGGGGAUAGUAGCUCACCUUUACGCAUGCUUUUGCUGGAUUCUUACUAUGAUGAAUAUAAAGGAGUUAUCUGCCAUGUGGCGGUUGUUGAUGGGGCUAUGCGGAAGGGUGAAAAGAUUUCUUCUGCUGCAACUGGUCAAUCUUAUGAAGUUUUAGAUGUUGGAAUCAUGCACCCAGAACUGACUCAGACUGGAGUCCUUUUAACUGGGCAAGUGGGAUAUGUUGUCAGCGGGAUGCGGUCGACUAAAGAGGCACGUGUUGGAGAUACCCUUUAUCAUACUCGAAGCACUGUAAAGGCCCUUCCAGGUUUCAAGCCGGUAAAACAUAUGGUAUUUGCUGGUCUAUAUCCAGCUGACGGAUCUGAUUUUGAAGCACUUAGUCAUGCCAUUGAAAGACUCACUUGCAAUGAUGCCAGUGUAUCUGUUACGAAGGAGAGUAGCACAGCACUUGGCUUGGGGUUCAGAUGUGGUUUCUUGGGCUUGCUCCAUAUGGAUGUUUUCCAUCAACGACUUGAACAGGAGCAUGGAGCUCAUGUGAUUUCCACCGUUCCUACUGUGCCAUAUAUUUUUGAGUAUUCAGAUGGGAGUAAAGUACAUAUUCAGAACCCUGCUAUGCUGCCUUCAAAUCCUAAACAACGAGUAACAGCUUGUUGGGAACCUACUGUAAUAGCAACUAUUAUAAUUCCUAGUGAGUACGUUGGCUCCAUUAUUACCCUUUGUUCGGAACGGCGAGGCGAGCAGUUGGAGUACUCAUUCAUUGACAGUCAAAGAGCUCUCAUGAAGUACCGGUUACCACUGAGGGAAAUUGUUGUUGACUUUUACAAUGAACUAAAGAGUAUAACUUCAGGAUAUGCAUCUUUUGAUUAUGAGGAAUCAGACUACCAGGCCUCUGACUUAGUGAAACUUGAUAUUCUAUUAAAUGGACAACCUGUUGAUGCUAUGGCGACGAUAGUUCAUAGACUGAAGGCACAACGUGUUGGUCGUGAACUUGUGGAGAAGCUGAAGAAGUUUAUAGACAGGCAAAUGUUUGAGAUAACCAUACAAGCAGCUAUUGGAUCGAAGGUCAUCGCCAGGGAGACGAUUUCUGCUAUGAGGAAAAAUGUCCUUGCCAAAUGUUACGGAGGGGAUGUUACUAGGAAAAGGAAAUUGCUGGAAAAGCAAAAAGAAGGCAAGAAGCGCAUGAAACGUGUUGGGUCUGUCGACAUACCCCAGGAGGCCUUCCAUGAGCUAUUGAAGGGUUCUUGAAAUGCAGUGUUUUGUAGAGAAUUGUACUUAAACAUUGUAAUCAUCUAAGUUUUUUGCUUUUGUAGAAGUUACUAUGUGCCAAAGGCAUUACAUUUUUGAGUUAGCUGUGGAAAGUUGAUGACAUAUAUGACCGGAACUUGAAAGAAAGGGGGUUCACUCCUGAACAAUAUUCACAACAUUCUUUAUAAAUGAUGUUUGUGUUAUCCAACAGUGGAAAAGUUUGGAAACU